GUGUCGGUGGUGGUGCGGAGGGAGGAUGGACUUUGGAAAGUGAGUUGUUAAUCGGUCAAGAGCUGACUGGAAGACGCUAGCAAGCGUCACAAGACAUAAGUGAUUUAGUUAAGCUUCAUGCUCAUUCAGGUGUAGCCACGGCACCGAGAAGGCUGGGGAAUGGCAGGCGUAUUGACAUUUGCAGCGAUCGCGAGGUGUGGUGUAUGUGUGAGGUAGCAACGCUAUUUGCUAUGAUCUUAUAAUACUCUAUGCUGCAGCGAAACUCCAUUGGUAGAUGAACAUGGAGAGUGCUGAGAAUGACCUGUCUAUCACCAGCACGUUGGCAUGCUUUCAAGGGAAGAUCAAGGAAGCCAUUGCAUUAGUUCAGUCCAUGUCCACUGAAGACAAACUAAAGGCUGUCCAGUACUGGAAUGUUGUAUCUGAAAAUCUGCAAGAUGUUGUGAACAGCUCAGCAGAUGACAUUACUGCUCUUGCAUCACAACUGUCUGAGCGGGAGAACUUGAUUGCACAAGAGCAGUUCAAGCUUUGUAGCAGCCAUCUUCCCCAGUAUCAAAGACCCAUUCUGCAACACACCUCAACAUACCACUCCAAUUCAGUAAGCCAUUCUCACCAUCCUCGACACACAAGAUCUCAAGGAGUCAAAGUUUUUCAGCAGAACCAGGAUGAUGCCAACCACACCGCUUUGUUUGAUUUGGAGCAGAAGCAGGCUGAUACGAAUGCCAUUGGAACAGAUUUGCUUGAUCAUUAUCUUGUCAGUCAGCCAACUAUGACUGCUGCGAGUGAUGGACAGCAUUCCCUAUCUGUGGUGGUUGAUCCCAGUAACACAUUUACCUCUGGGUUAGGACUUCGGGGUGCUGUACCAAUACCAUCAGGGAGCCCAACCAUGACUGUGAACACCCUAGCUAUUGAAGAGACCUUGGAUGUACAAAGAGGUGAUCAUGUUGAUGGAGAUGAUCCAUUGCCAUUGCCAGAGGUACCAUUCACUGCAGAAGAAAGUGAAGGAUUUGGUGUGGAUGAUAUAGAAAUACCUGUUCCUCCAGCACUGGGGAACAAUGUGUCAAACAAUGUUGGGCCAGUUGCAGAGGAUGAGAAUGUUGCAGGAAGCUCAGUUGAUCUCCGCAAAUAUCUAACUAUUGCCAAAAACAAAAGAGGUGCUGCAGUCCUUAACUUCUUCACAAAGCAGGCAAGAGAUCCUGAAGCAAAGGGUAGUGAUUGCCAUGUGUAUUGCUGCAAUGUUUGCCAGAAAAGCUACCCAAGCAUUGGAUCUUUUUACUACCACUUUGCAAUUCACAGUAGAUCAUUUGCUUGCCAGAAGUGUGGUGAAUCAUGUCACUCCAGGGCACACCUCCGCACCCACAUGCAGUGUCAUGGUGUACCAUGCCAAAACAAGUGCAAGGAGUGUGGCAGGGAAUUCACGACGUUCAGCAAUCUGAAUCGCCAUAUGAAGACGCACACUGAUGACCGCCCAUUUGAGUGCACUGUGUGCAACAAACGUUUCCGCGAGAAGAAGUCCCUGCAGAUCCACGGGCGGGUGCAUUCCGGCGAGCGGCCGUACCAGUGCGACAUCUGCGCGUCACGUUUCGUGCAGCUGGGCGCGCUGAACGCGCAUCGCGAGACGCACGCCGACAUCAGGCGCCACCUCUGCGACUUGUGCGGCAAGAGCUUCCGGCAGAAGGUGCAGCUGAAGAUGCACACGCUGCGGCACGAGGGAAAGAAGGGCUUUCAGUGCGAGAAGUGUCCGAUGGCGUUCAACGUGCUGAAUGAUCUGAAGCGGCACCGUCGCAGCCACAUGCAAGACAAGCCUUUCAAGUGCGACGAGUGCGGCAAGUCAUUUCCGCGACAGCAGGCGCUGACUGAGCACUUGAACCGCCACUAUGGCAACAGACCCUACCAGUGCCCUUUCUGUACAAAGUCCUACCCAGAAAUGUCUGCGUGCAAAAAGCACAUCAAGACCCACGAAGGGUCCAAGCCUUCCGGCUCUUCGCAGACUUCUACCGGUGAGUCAGCAGUGGCAUUGCCAGCUGCGACCAGUCGGUGAAAUGCGAUUGUUUUGCUGAAGUUUGUUGUUGUGUUUGCUCGUGAAAUAUAUGUAUUUACAUUGCGAGAUUGCAUUCCUUGCCAUGUCUGAAGGAACGCACGCAAAAUUCGUGUGGUUGGCAGUUUUUUAUGCGUGCCGCGAAAGAGAGAAAUUACGAACCACCAAACGUGAAAGCAUUCCAGAGGAGAAUAACCC